CCUUAUCUUUCAGUAUUGGUUCAACAUAUUUAAAUGCUCCCGGUUGAUUGGAAGCACUCAUUAACUCGUUGAACCUCUUGUCAUAAAGACGGGUUGUGUUAUUCUAUAAUCGACUUUGAAAUCUGCUUAAUAAGGAGAAGAUGGCAGUCUCUUCUUUAUUUGUGCUGGCAGUGUUAUUUGCAAGCUGCACAAGCUAUGCUAUAGAGCCAUUUAAUUCAUUCGUAUUUGUGAAUAGAGCGGGAUGGGGCGCGAGAGCAUCCGGUGCCGUGUCAAGGAUGCAGCAAGCUACUCACGUCGUGAUCCACCAUACCUUUAUACCAGGCGUGUGUACUACUCAAGCUGCGUGUGCAGCCGCCAUGAGGAGCAUACAAAACUCGCACAUGAAUGCCAACGGAUGGUCUGAUAUUGGUUACAAUUUUGCGGUAGGGGGUGAAGGGAGAGUCUACGAAGGUCGUGGAUGGAGAGUGGUAGGCGCUCAUGCUGUCGGUUACAAUUCUAGAAGCGUCGGGAUUGUACUUAUCGGUGAUUGGAGAAAUACCACACCACCAGCAGCAGCUUUGCGAGCAGCGCAAGCAUUGAUCCAAGAGGGAGUGAGACUAGGCCAUAUUAGUCCAAAUUACACUCUAAUGGGACACAGACAAGCUUCAGCGACUGAGUGCCCUGGAAACGCAUUAUUCAGAGAGAUCUCUAGAUGGCCAAGAUUCAGAAACUAAAAAUUAACAUCGACAUAACAACAAGCUGUGAUAAACGUGCAAUAUUAUUCAUAAUUACCUUUCUGAUGCCAUUGGUGUUUUAAGUUAGCUGUAUAUAAAUAUAUUUUCCUUUUUUUUUUUAAUAAUUACACUGUAUAGUAUCUGUUAAAUGAUAAUAUGCAAUGUGUAAUAAGCUUUUGAAUUUGCUA